AUGCGCCCCUUAUUGACCGGGAGGAGCUGUUUGUGCAGAAGCUGCGGCAGUGCUGCGUGCUCUUUGACUUUGUCAUGGAUCCUCUGAGCGACCUGAAGUACAAGGAGGUGAAGCGUGCCGGUCUGAAUGAGAUGGUGGAGUACAUCACGCACAACCGCGAUGUGGUCACCGAGUCCAUCUACCCAGAGGGUGUCAUCAUGGUAAAAAGAGACACACACAUACACACAAACAUGGACACACUGUACAUAAAUCCUGACAAAGUGUGGAAGGUUUGGGCCUAUAUUUAAUCACAUGUUCAGGGGAAGGUUGUGGAUUUAAACAUGCUAUCAAGGCCCCCGUCGCCUCAGUAUGCCACAUCCUGACUCUGUGUUCAAUAAUGACUUUGGCUUGGCCUCGCUCAGGAUUCCACCCAGCACAGUAGGGGGAGGAAAUCAGCAUCAAACCCUUGAGGAGCUCCCAAAGUUCAUUAUUUAUUUUGGUGAAAAGUCAGAUCGAGCCAAAUCCCCCUGGAAGCCUUUAAGUCUCUCCCUCUCUCUUUUCCCCUGGGCUAUUAUCUGACUCUCUCUUCCACCUCUAUCCUACCUCCUGGGGUAUUAUCUGACUCUCUCUUCCACCUCUAUCCUACCUCCUGGGGUAUUAUCUGACUCUCUCUUCCACCUCUAUCCUACCUCCUGGGGAAUUCUGUCCCUCCUCCCCCAUGUCGAACUCUCCCUCUCUCCUCCCCUCUGAGGUACUCCCUCCCUCUCUCCUCCCCCUGGGGUAUUAUUUCACCCUCUUCUUUCCCUCUCUCCUCCCCCCGGGGCAUUCUCUCCCUCUCCGCUUGUGACAAAUGUGAGCAUCAUGCUCAACGAGUAAUAAGUGUGCACUGGGAAAUGUUGAGCAAUUAUCCAUCACAAAUUAUGGCCCAUACGUCUGCUCUUCCUUUGAGCAUCUCUGAAUUGUUGGCCAUGCACAACAACACUGGCCUCAUGUGGAUCUCCCCCUCUGUAUAUCGUUCCCCUUCUUCCUCUCUUUCUCCUACUUUCUCCCUUUCUCUCUCCCUCUCCCCUCCUUUCUCUCUCUCCCCAUCCUACUGUAUAUCUUUCGCUUCCCCGCUGUCCAUCAAUGUCACUCUUUCACAACUACCGCCUCUCUUUCUGCUGUUGUCUCUCCCUCUCCCAGUGUUCUGUAAUGAGGCUGAGGUUGGGCGAUAGAGCUGUGGAGCCAGGCAGGCUAUUUCCAGCCUCUCUCUCUCCUCAGUGCCAGAGGGGCUCUGUGCUGCGGCAGUUUCAGACCGAGACAAGAAGCAGGUGCUGGAAAGCGUUGCGUUACGUCAACUGCAGCUCUCCCAGUGGCAGUGUUAGCAGGGCUAACCUAAACAGUCUUUAAACAGAGUUAGCAGGGUUAUCUUAUAAACAGCCCUUACCAGGGCUUUUCUCAGUGGUAGGCAGAGGAGGCCAGGGAACACUGGGGUCCUCUCUCAACACCACCUAUUUGUCAAAUGAUUUGUGCUCUGAUCUUAUGAAAGUCAUUCCUUUUGUGUGGUAUCAGAUUAUCAGAUGGGUUGUGCUGUGUUUUCCUAACAUUUACAAUCGGAUGGUAGCUUUAGCAUUGUUGAUUGUUGCCAUGUUGAUUGACAUCUCUCCUCUGCCCUGUUCAGUUUUCAAUCAACUUGUUCAGGACCCUACCACCAUCCUCCAACCCCACAGGGGCUGAGUUUGACCCAGAGGAGGACGAGCCCACAUUAGAGGCUGCCUGGCCACACCUACAGGUAAUGUGUGUGUGUGCGUGCGCAUGUGAGUGUACGCGUUAAUGUUUUCUUAAACUUACAUUUAGGAAUUAGGCUAGAGUUGUUUUUUUCAGCUUCGGUACUUUCAGCCUCAAAUCACACCAACCUUUUAUCUCAAUGUCCUAUUGUUCUUCUCUCCAGCUGGUGUAUGAAUUCUUCUUACGAUUCCUGGAGUCCCCUGAUUUCCAGCCUAACGUCGCUAAAAAAUACAUUGACCAAAAGUUUGUACUGUCUGUAAGUAUCCCUCUCCUCCUCCAACAAAACACAAACUGCACUCCCUGUAACUUCUGAGCUGUUGAAAUAUUUAAUUGGCAGUAUGUGUAAUAUCCUGGCGCCCAGGCAGUUGGGAAUUAUCCUGUGUGUGUGUGUGUGUACGUGUGUUCACUCAUACCAUGGCCAGCUUCCGUCUCCCUCCCACACAGUAGAGAUGACAUGAGAGCGGAGAGGGAAUUAGCAGGGAUCACUCUGCUCCAUCUGACCACAUGAUGCUUCCCAUCCACUGCUGAUGGGAAUGAAUAUUUAAACGACUUGAGUCAGCCUAGUCACUUUCUGAGUGCUGGCUUGGGCUCCAAACACACAUGGCCUUGUAUUAUGUUAUGGCAAAACCCAGCCGCUAUCAAAUCUCAUGGCAAUCGAAUUUGGUUUUCACCGCACCACUUGAUACUGUGUGCUACAUGUUCAGGAACAUGUUUGUGUAUCAGUGAAUGGAGUGUUUGCCUGACGAAUAGUAUAUUUUCUACCUUUGCCUGAUUGAAUAAUGUUUUGCUUCUACAAUUGCAAGUGUCCCAUUGUAUCUAUUGUAUUAAAUAGUGUUAGUUUCUUGAAUACCUAUGCCUGCCCCCCCCUCCCCUCCCCUCGCCCCCCCUCCCCCUCCCCCCACAGCUCCUGGAGCUGUUUGACAGUGAAGACCCCAGGGAGCGGGACUUCCUGAAGACCAUCCUCCAUAGGAUCUACGGCAAGUUCCUGGGCCUCCGGGCCUACAUCCGCAGACAGAUCAACAACAUAUUCUACAGGUGAGAUAUGGCUUUUACACCAGUUAUGUCUGUCCAUAGAAAUAGAAUUACAGGUACACUCAAUGUGGCUGCCGGUCCACCUAACACAGGACGCUGACUUGAUUGGGGAGAUGCCCGUUCUAGUUAUUCUAUUUCUAUGUGUCUGUCUUGCAAGCAGCUACAUCUCUCGCCCUUGAAAUCUAUUCACAGAGUGUGAUUGAGUGAGUCUGUCUGUUCUUGGGAGAAUAAAUAUGUAACCACAACAAAGAAAAACUGCAAGGUUUUCAAAUGUUGAGGUUGUGAUUGAUGUAUGUAAGAAGAUUUGUCAGUAUAUCUGUUAUCUGUGCCAUGUAAUCGAUAGUUGACCUUGGUCUGGUCUCAUACUGCAGGUUUAUAUAUGAAACGGAGCAUCACAAUGGAAUCGCAGAGCUCUUAGAAAUCUUAGGAAGGUGAGUGCACACUGCACAGUGUACUAUCCCCUCAACACAAUCUCUUUUACAAUAUUUUUUUUACCAUUCAUCUAAAACAAAUCUUCCCUUGUCCCUUAUCCCCAGCAUAAUCAAUGGCUUUGCCCUGCCAUUGAAAGAGGAGCACAAAAUGUUCCUGAUCCGAGUGCUCCUGCCGCUUCACAAAGUGAAGUCACUCAGCGUCUACCACCCUCAGGUAUCAUAGUGCUAUGAAAGCCCCCUCACGCAGCGUGAGGGUCAGGCGGGCCUCUCAUUUAAGCUCCUGCUGAUAUGCUCCUACUCAUACCACGUGUCUCUCUCUUUAUCUCUCCACAGCUGGCAUAUUGCGUUGUGCAGUUCUUGGAAAAGGACAGCAGUCUAACUGAACCGGUGAGUUUGAUAGGCUAAAAUUACUUUGCUCACGAUGCACGCCGCAAAUGAUAUCAACACCCUGAGCGCAUCGCAUUACACCAAUACAAAUGUAACAACAGCACAACAAAAUAGAUAAAAAAGUAAUACUUUUUCGCAGGUGCCUUUUCAUUAUAGGAUAGACACUUGUGGUUUCUAGCUGCACCAAUCAAAGCAGUGUGUGGUGAAGCAAAACUUUAGUGGUCAAAACCACUAAUCUUGGUGCGACGGGGGAGCGGGGUUGCAAAAUGCAAUCAUAUCACGCAAUUAUACAAUUGAUUAAUGGUCAGAUAUAUCUUUUUAUCCAGACUAGCUAAAAUAUAAGUGAAACUACAAAUUAUCCAAUGGAUUAUGAAAAUGUUCAGGUAAAAAAAUGGAGGUGCAAAAACAUACAGAUUUUUUUCUUUUGCUGGAUUUUUGCUGUUGUGGGCGUUGAAUGUUAAUUUUGUGUUAAUGAUUUGACCCCCAGGUGAUCAUGGGCCUGCUGAAGUUCUGGCCUAAGACCCACAGCCCCAAAGAGGUGAUGUUCCUCAACGAGCUUGAGGAGAUCCUGGACGUCAUUGAGCCCUCUGAGUUCGUCAAGAUCAUGGAGCCGCUGUUCAGACAGCUGGCCAAGUGUGUGUCCAGUCCACAUUUCCAGGUACACUACGCCUGCCUCAUGCUCACUCACUGCUGUGUUUACUCAUUCUGCUUCACUGCCCCAAACAUAACAGAAAAUAAAAUUGCCUUCGGGAAGGAAAAAUAACUUGUCAUAUCAAUUGAAAGUAAUUCGUAUUAGAAUCGAGUGCGAUAUUCUGUAAUGAACAGAGUGAUGAACAGGCACAGGAACUAUACAAUACCCACAAUAGAAGAAGACUGCUUUGGUAGAUGACAAGGGGUGGAUUGUUUCUGAUUGCCUCCUGUGUUGUGCUCUCAAGGUGGCAGAGAGGGCGCUGUACUACUGGAACAAUGAGUACAUUAUGAGCCUGAUCAGCGACAAUGCAGCCAAGAUCCUCCCCAUCAUGUUCCCUGCUCUCUACAAGAACUCCAAAAGCCACUGGAACAAGUACGACCCCUGCAGCCAAGUCAAUUAAAAUAUCAAUGCUCCUGCUGAACUUACGUGCAUCCAAAACAAGCCUGGCAAUUAGAACCCUGGGUUCACAUUUGAGAGAAAAAUCUAUUAAUUGUUGUAAUGGAAGAACAUACUAUUUGCAUAGUGCAGAAAUACUUUUCUCCCCCUAAAAAUGGGGUGCUUAUCCAGAGCGACUUACACUUAAUUGUUUUAUUUUUCAUACUGGCCCCCCGUGGGAAUCGAACCCACAACCCUGGCGUUGCAAACACCAUGCUCUACCAACUGAGGUACAUCCCUGCUGGCCAUUCCCUCCCCUACCCUGGACAAAUUGUGCGCCGCGCCAUGGGUCUCCCGGUCGCGGCCGGCUACGACAGAGCCUGGUUUCGAACCAGGAUCUCUAGUGGCACAGCUAGCACUGCGAUGCAGUGCCUUAGACCACUGCGCCACUCGGGAGGUAGUAUUCACCCCCCCAAAGUCAAUACUUUGUAGAGCCACCUUUUUCAGCAAUUAUAGCUGCAAGUCUCUUGGGGUAUGUCUCUAUAAGCUUGGCACAUCUAGAGAUUGGGAUUUAUGCCCAUUCUUCAAGGCAAAACUGCUCCAGCUCCUUCAAGUUGGAAGGGUUCUGCUGGUGUACAGCAGUCUUUAAGUCAUACCACAGAUUCUCUAUUGGAUUGAGGUCUGGGCUUUGACUAGGCCAUUCCAAGACAUUUAAAUGUUUCCCCUUAAACCACUCGUGUUGCUUUAGCAGAAUGCUUAGGGUCAUUGUCCUGCUGGAAGGUGAACCUCCGUCCCAGUCUCAAAUCUCUGGAAGACUGAAACAAGUUACCUUCAAGAAUUUCCCUGUAUUUAGCGCCAUCCAUCAUUCCUUCAAUUCUGACCAGUUUCCCAGUCCCUGCUGAUGAAAAACAUGAUGGUUGGGGCGGCAGGUAGCUUAGUGGUUAAGAGCGUUGUGCCAGUAACCGAAAGGUUGCUGGUUCUAAUCCCCGAGCCGACUAAGUGAAAAAUCUGUCGAUGUGCCCUUGAGCAAGGCACUUAACCCUAAUUGCUCCUGUAAGUCGCUCUGGAUAAGAGCGUCUGCUAAAUUACGUAAAUGUAAAUGUGAUGAGAGGUGUUGGGUUUGCACCAGACAUAGCAUUUUCCUUGAUGGCCAAAAAGCUCAAAUUUAGUCUCAUCUGACCAGAGUACCUUCUUCCAAAUGUUUGGGGAGUCUCCCACAUGGCUUUUGGCGAACACCAAAUGUGUUUGCUUAUUUCUUUCUUCAAGCAAGGGCUUUUUUCUGGCCACUCUUCCGUAAAGCCCAGAUCUGUGGAGUGUACGGCUUAAAGUGGUCCUAUGGACAGAUACAAUCUCCGCUGUGGAGCUUUGCAGCUCCUUCAUGGUUAUCUUUGGUCUCUUUGUUGCCUCUCUGAUUAAUGCCCUCCUUGCCUGGUCUGUGAGUUUUGGUGGGCGGCCCUCUCUUGGCAGGUUUGUUGUGGUGCCAUAUUCUUUCCAUUUUUUUUAUAAUGGAUUUAAUGGUGCUCCGUGGGAUGUUCAAAGUUUCAAGAUAUUUUUUUAUAACCCAACCCUGAUCUGUACUUCUCCACAACUUUGUCCCUGGAGAGCUCCUUGGUCUUCAUGGUGCCGCUUGCUUGGUGGUGCCCCUUGCUUAGUGGUGUUGCAGACUCUGGGGCCUUUCAGAACAGGUGUAUAUAUACUGAGAUCAGGUGACCGAUCAUGUGACACUUAGAUUGCACACAGGUGGACUUUAUUUAACUAAUUAUGUGACUUCUGAAGGUAAUUGUUUGCACCAGAUCUUAUUUAGGGGCUUCAUAGCAAAGGGGGUGAAUACAUAUGCACGCACCACUUUUCCGAAUUUUUUGAAACAAGUUAUUUUUCACCAAUUUGGACUAUUUUGUGUAUGUCCAUUACAUAUGACAUGAAAUCCAUUUCAAUUACAGGUUGUAAUGCAACAAAAUAGGAAAAAUGCCAAAGGGGAUGAAUACUUUUGCAAGGCACUUUAUUACAUUGUGUUAAAUGCCCUUCCUCUCUUCAGGACAAUCCAUGGGCUGAUCUACAACGCCCUGAAGCUCUUCAUGGAGAUGAACCAGAAGCUGUUUGAUGACUGCACCCAGCAGUACAAGGCCGAGAAACAGAAGUGAGUUCACUGGGCAUGCUCAGAGAGGACAUCUGCAUGGUCCUCUAGUAAAUCAGCACCUUCCUUUAUUCCCUUCUGGAACUAUUGAUCAUCUCCCUCAAAGCACAGUCAAAUGCCAAGCCAGCUGAUUUCCUGGUUGGCUCCAACUCCAUUGUUUAUGUCGCUGAUGUGUUUUCAGAGAGAAGUGCAAGCUGAAGGAGCGUGAGGAGGUCUGGCACAAGAUAGAGGAGCUGGCCAAGCAUAACCCACAGGUGAUCUCUACUGCAGGAUGUCAAAAACACCACUACCCUAUCCCCAUGCAUUAUGGAACAUUCACAUCACGCUAUUCCAGGGAGUAGGCUCAGGAAAUGAGACACUGCAAUUAAUUUUGUUAGUUACCUACCUGUACAUUCCUUAAUAUCAUUAUCGCCAGAAGCAACCAAAAGGGAUAAAAACUCCUCAGUCCUCAGCAAUUAUGUUGCUAUGGAUGUGUGUGAAAUUAUCUGCACAGUAAGAGGUGUAUGCAGGGAUCUUUGGGUUUUAAACAGGGUCAUGCUGUAAUUAAUUAGACUUUAUAAAGUCCUUUUGUUCCAGACAUAUCUAAUUAUCACCGUUGAUCAUCUCUCAUGACUGAUUCCCAGCUCCAAUCGCUCAGGCACAAAUAGCUGAAGUUUUAAUUAAGAGGAAUUGUGCUUCAGUGAAUGUAGCCACGAUGUAACUUUUAUACUUUCUCUGCAGGUUACCAACCUCCGACCUGGUCUCCACCCACAAGAAGAGGUCUGCCUCUUUUCUUACUGAAUUCAAUGGGGCUGUCUGAUGUUGCUCUUGGUCCAUUCGUGGGUGUAUUUCACAGGCCAUAUCCAGACCAGAUACAACUAAUUUGUGUCUGUCUGUAAUCUUCCAGUACAUGAUGUACAAUGAGAGUCCGGGAGGGGUGCCCUUGUACUCCAUGGAGACGGAGACGCCCACUGCUGAGGACAUUCAGCUGCUGAAGAAGACUGUCGAGACAGAGGCCACACAGGUACAACUACCAGCAGGCUCCCAGGUACACUGCUCUGUCUAGCCUACAUACGCCCACCUGCAAGCUGUUGUUCUAGGCUAGUCACUUACUAACACACCUACUAAUCAAUGAAUCAUCAAGGCCUUCAUUUAUUGAAUCACAGGUAUGUACUCACACCACCCGUACCACCUGCAGGCUGUCUUUCCAGCCUAGUAUAAAAACACCUACCAACUAAUCAAUGAAUCAAGAAAAAAACUAAAACUGUUUUGUUGCUGUUUCACGUUUAUUUCUUCUUCUUUAUUUAUUAUUUUCAUCUUUCUAUGUUUUUAAAGUUUAAACGUAUGCCUCAACCAACUCAUGUCAGUUUCUGAAUUCACCAGACCACGUCUGUCCAUUCGAGACAUUUCAUUACUGUAUUGGAUAUGGUCUUGAACACUUUGUUCUAUAGGGGAUGAAGGACAUCAAGAAAGACAAGGUGAUGAUCCGGCGGAAGUCGGAGCUGCCGCAGGACGUGUACACUAUAAAAGCCCUGGAGCAGCACAAGAGAGCGGAGGAGUACCUGACGGCCAACGAGGAGGCCCUC